AUGGAAUCAAAACGUGAACCUGAUAAUCCUAGAAAGAUACAAGAGAUUGUUGCAAAUUUUGAUGUUGGUGAACUAUUAGGUUCAGGAUCUUUUGGUGCUGUUUGGAAAAUUAGAAACAAAAAAACACAUGAUUAUUUUGCAUUAAAAUUAUCAGCAGAAACAGCCUAUCCAGUGUCAAUGAAAUGUGAAGUUGAAGUUUUAAAAAGAUGUAAUGGAAGUUGUAAUUUACCUAAACCAUAUUAUUUUGGUAAAUGGAAUCAUCAAUAUUAUAUAAUUAUGAAUUACCUACCACAUGAUGAUUUUAUGGAAAUUUUAUAUUCAUUUACUAAUAAAGAAAUUCUAGAUUAUGCUAAAAAUCUUUUUAUUGCUUUAGAAUAUCUUCAUUGUAGAAAUAUUAUUCAUAGAGAUGUCAAACCAGGAAAUUUUUUAUAUAAUAAACGAGAAAAAAAAUAUAUGUUGGUAGAUUUUGGUUUAGCAUCAAUUUAUAAACCUUAUGAAGAGAAUGUUUUAACACCGGUACAAGUUAAUUUAGACAAUAAACGUGAUAGUACAGUUAAAAGAAAACUUAGUAAUACUGAAGCUGAAUUAGAGGGAUACUGUGAAAAUGUUAAAAGAAGAAAUGUUAAUAAUAUUGAUGAGAUUGAUAAAAAAUUUAGUACUAAAGUAAAAAAUGUUUGUGAUUGUUAUGGAAAACCUUUGUAUUGUUCUAAGUGUAAAAGUUUACCUAAAUUUUCAUAUUGUAGAUCUGGAACUAAUGGUUAUAGAGCUCCAGAAACAAUGUUAUUUUGUAAAGAUCAAACAACUAAAGUUGAUAUUUGGUCGGCUGGUUGUACAAUUUUAGGUGUAGCCUGCCAAUUACCCUCAUUUUUUAGACCAGUUGAUGAGUUACAGGCAUUAUUUCAGUAUGCAUCUAUUGUUGGUACCGAUGAUUUAAAAAGAGCAGCAGAUUAUUGGAAUGUUGACUUAUUAAUGAGUUUGAAUUUUAAAAGAAAAAGUUUUUUUCUUAUUACUAAAGCAAUGAAGGCAAAAUCUAUUAAUUCAAUAAAAAACUUAACUGAAACUGGGUGUUCUCAAUGCAAAAGUUAUCUUAAUGAUAAUCCUGAAGGUAUAUGUGUUUGUUUUAGAGAUGAUUCUACUCUUAUAUAUGAAGAUGAAUAUGAGGAGAUAGUUGUAAAAAUAAUUAAUUGGUGUCUAAUAUCUCACCCGAAAAUACGUUUUUCGGCAAAAGAUUUACUAGGAUGUAUUGAGGAUUAUGAAAAAUUAAUUGAAGAAAAAAAAUGUAAAAAAGAGUAA